AUGAUGCUUUUCGAUCCCACGUCCGAUGCACUGAGCAAUCCAGACCAUCGAUUGUAUCUGGAUCGCUACUUUGCCGAACCAGAACCAAAUGAGCUGGCCGCGGAUCCAUCCACGCAGGCCGUGUUGGACACAUCAUAUCAGUUCUUCUUGUUGAUUGCCGAUGUUACAUGGCUCGCUCGCGCCGUUGAGCCAAUUUGUCGUUCCGACAUAGUCACCUGGCAAAGACUACACGAGGAAUUGCUGCUGUGGGAAAGGAACCCCCAAACUCAAAAUGAUGGAUGUAUGCUGUAUAUCCUUGCCAUGCGCAUCCUUCUACUCAGAAUCGACGUAUCUUCAUCGUCCGCGGAGGUCGAGGGGCGAAUUUCCUGCCUUCUACGCCAGGGACUUGGCCUGGUCCAGUCCGUCAAUCCUGACCAGUUCCUGAUCAGUUAUCUUCUCUGGCCGUUGACUGUGCUGGGCUGCGUAGCGGUCACCGAGGACGAAGUUCGUAUUGUGAACGACAAGGUUACGCUGCUGGUUAGACGCCGUGCGCAGGCAUCAUGGGUCAAAUCCCAUUUAGACAAGAUCAGGACAAUGACCUCGUCCUUGAAGAUGAGGCUAGGGUAUCUCCUGGGUGUCGGCCAUGGUCAGACAAGCGGCCGUUUGUCACAUCAAUGUUGA